GGCCAUGGCCGACAAGAACACGGCCAUCCCAUCAUUUCAACAGGCUCAACUCAAAAGACACCGAGAGGUCCAACAAAAACAAAGGCAAAGACAAGAAAAUAGAAAAGUAAUUGAGUUCUGAAACUAGCAACAACCUACCUUCUUGUUGUACAGAAGUCUCUCAGUCUGAUUAUGGAGGCGUUGAUGGAGGAUGAGGAAGAGCACGGCUGGAGAGAAGUGAAGCUGCCUAGUUUGAUACCCAUAGUGCCGGAGCCAGGGCUGGAGAGAGAGACGGGGGAGAGGAGGCAAGGCCGGGACAUACUGAUAGCUGUGGAUCACGGUCCCAAGAGCAAGCACGCCUUUGAUUGGGCCCUCAUCCACCUCUGCAGGCUCGCUGAUACCCUCCAUCUAAUCCACGUCGUUUCCAGCGUGAAGAACGAACUCGUUUACGAGACGAGCCAGGGGCUGAUGGAGAAGCUUGCUGUUGAGGCCUUUCAAGUUGCCAUGGUAAAGACAGUGGCUCGGAUCAUGGAAGGGGAUCCCGGCAAGGUAAUUUGCAAGGAGGCAGAAAGGUUGAAGCCUGCAGCGGUGGUCCUGGGUACAAGAGGCAGAAGCAUUAUCCAAAGUGUACUGCAGGGAAGCGUGAGCGAAUAUUGCUUCCACAACUGUAAAUCAGCACCUGUAGUAAUUGUGCCUGGAAGAGAGGCUGGAGAUGAGUCUUUGAUAUAGUGAAAUGGCAUUCAAUAAACUGUAAGUCCCGAGUGUUGUGAUGUCAAUAAGCGCUUGCUUGGUUGUAGAUAGUUGUUUUUUGUAACAGUUUGUGUGACCAGAAUGAGCAUUAGAUGAUAGUGUGACUGAUUUGUAAAGCAUAUAUCAAUUUAUUUAUUUGAAUUAGAUGUUGCUAUGUGGAUUCAA